CAUUUAUUGUACCAGUUUGAUAUAAUAAUUCAUAAGCAGCCUCGUGCCCAACAGCAAGACGAUGACCUCCAUUGUUCUGAGAAAAAAAUGGCUUCUGAAUCCUACCCUCCACCGUUUCGUUCACUUCCAGAUUCAACCCAGGCCGUUGAUUUGGAUGAUCAAGUCAACCCGGUUCAUGAUAUGGACGAUCCGAUUCCUGUGGUGGAUCUCCAGAGCCUGAAACUUGGGGAGGCAUGCGAGUUUUGGGGAAUUUUUCGUUUGGUCAAUCAUGGAGUUCCUCCAACCCUUUUGACCCAACUUCGGGAGAAUGCCAAAAUGGUUUUUUUCCUGCCGUUUGAGUCCAAACAGAACCUUAUCACUAGCCCUCUGUCCUACUUCUGGGAUACCCCUGCCCUUACUCCAUCUGGGGCGGCCUUAUCAACAAAGGGUAGUAGUACCCUCCAGAAUAUCAACUGGGUUGAAGGACUCAACGUCCCUCUAGCUCAACUCAGUCAAUUUCAAACUGACAAUCCCAUAAUUGCUUCUUUCAGGAUUCCAAUACGAUUUCCACCGAAGGAGAAGUCCAUGGUUGACCCUAUUGCAUACGGUUCUGUCAAAGAUGGUUCAUCUUUCCGACCUGCUAUGUUGACUUCGAGUACUUUAACGAUUGAGCAUAAUUUAUGGAUUCUUUGAGGUUAGUAUGUUUAGUUGUUUAUGAAAUAUAUAAAGUCUAACAUCUAGCACACUAAAAAAUCCCUCAUUUUUCUUUGGCAAAUAACGAGUUGUAAGUUUUUCUUUUCUAUUAGUAAGGGGGACAAAGAAUGCGAAAGCCACAAUAAGAGUUUUUUUUUUCUUUUUUUUUUAAGAAAAAUUUGGAGUGUAAAAAUAAAAGCACGUGAUACUGUCUUAGGUCAACUUUCAACACCUUUAACGAUCGGUCGUUGGUCCGAUAAAACGUGGCAAAGAUUUGUGAAGGACGUAUAUAAAUAUAGUUUCAGUAAAACAGUCCAAAUGGAGUACUAUUCGAUUUGAACUUCUAUUUGAACGAUUACUUUAAAAAACUUAACCCUUUCAAGCAUCUAAUUUUAAAUGAAUCAUGCCUAAUCACAAAUGGAUAAGUGUUCAAUUAUAGUUUUUAACUUCAAUUAUUCAGACACGUGUCAAUUUGUAAUUGAUUUUUUAGCAAACAUGUUGCUCCUCUUUCAGUAGCUAGCUAAACAUAGUUCAUUUUAAAUUCUCGUAGAUCCAUUAGUUUACAAAGACAAUUACUGUAUAGAGUGAGAAGUAAUGUCAAUUUCACUACCCUUACCGCUACCUUGUUCUUGCCCUCCUAAAACGGGUGAACUUCAUCUAAGCACUACCACCACUACCCAUUUCGAUUUGUUAACGAGACCAAGCCUAACCCUAGGUUAUGCUACAAGUAGUUUGGCAGUUACAAGUCUGGAUUUUAAAAUUCAAUACAAUAUUGCAUUAUAGGCACUCUCAUUGGUUUCUAGAUAUGCAAAUUAUGUGUAAUUUCAUUAGUUUUUGGUACAUGAGUUGUAUUAGUUGUAUAAGUACAUUAAUGUUAAGUGUUGUCAUUAGUUUUACAUAUAAGAGAAAAGAAAUAGGUAAAUGAAAUAUUAAGGAUGAUUUUGCAAAUAACUUCUUCUACGUUUGGAAGCAUAAAUAAUUUUCGAUUCAAAUAGUUUUUACUAGGAUAAUAUUUAGAUAAAGAUUAAGAAAUUGAACUGUUCUAAUUAUAAAAAUUUAUAUGGGGAAAAUGCGUGGGAGAAAUUUCUAAGAGAUGUGAAUAUUAUCCUAAAAUGAAUAAAUAAAAUGAUGUUUUAAAAAGCCAACUCAUCAGGUACAAAUAGGACCUUUUGGUUAAACAUUCAAAUAAUGAUAUAAUUGUUGUGUUUAUAGGCAAUCAAUAAAAAAGAAAAAAAUAUGAGGACAAAAUGAUAAAAAAACAGAUAAAGAUAAAAAAGAAUACGAGCAUGUGCAUAUAGGUUAGUCUUAAACAAUGUAUUAGGUUAAAGUUGAUCUUAGAAUUGAAUAUAAACGAAAUAAUAUAUUUGACCAUUUGUGAUAUUUUUAUUAACGAACUUACGUUGUUAAAUUAAAUAUAUAAUGCUAAAAAUCAUCUUGAUCAACAAUAAAUUUCAAACAACAUAAGCAUUGAGUUUUGUAACAUUCUUCCAUGCACCAGUUUAAUUAAUGGCUUGAUUUGUAUCACUAAAUUUUGACAAUCAUAAUCGAAGUAUUCAAACCUUCAUGCAUCCGAUCAACAUCUUGUUAAACAUUGAGUGGUAAAAAUAUUGGAGAAGGAUUCGCUCCCUCAUUUCCCCCCUCCCCCAUCCACUCUUCCCUCCCUUUCUAUUUGAAAGGUUACAGUUAAUCUACGUCGAACAUCUUGUAUUCAUUUUUUAUAAAAAUAGAAAGAUAAAAUAGAAAGUGUGAGAGGUGAGGAUGGAAGAAGAGUGAAGAAAAUCUUAGUCCAAAAAUAGCACAUGUGCACAGACAUACCUAUGACUAAUUUAGGAGCCACCUUUCCAAUCUAUCACUCUCUUUUUUCAUAGAUUUUGCCUAGGGUUGAAGAAUGGACCAGAGGUCCCGUGUCGGCACCAUAAUAUUCAGAA